AUGUGCUCCUCGCCGGCAGCUCUCUCGUCCCCCUCCUCGGCCUUCGCCUCGUCCUCUUCGAGCUUUUCCGCCGCAGCGAGGUCCUCGCCGGCGUUCGACUUCCGCGGCCACCAGCGGCCGGCGUCCUCCACGCGCGUCCACCUCGCCGGAGUCUCUUCUCCCUCGUCCGCGUCGACUUCAUUCCGGUUCUCCAUCGUCGAUCGCCUGACCUCACCGACGCAGCCUCUUUCCGUGUCGUCCCGCAACCACCAGAUCGGGAAGAAACCGGCCGACGCGCCGCCGACCUCGCAGCGUAGGACGUGCAUGUGCUCCCCGACGACCCACCAGGGAUCGUUCCGCUGCUCCCUGCACAAGAACCUCAGGCACCAUCCCAGCGAGAGUUCUAGCGUCUCGUCACCUUCUAGCCGGCUCAACGCGCGGCGAUCGGUGAUGACGAAUUCGCUCGUUCGGAUCGGAUCUGUCGAGGGUUCAGAUGUCAUCAAGCGCGCUCUCGCUGCGCUGAUCCGUCCCUCAUCCCAACAGCAGCGGCGGAGAGCCUCCUUCCAGCCCCGGCCGAGCCGGCUGUCUGUCAUGUCCAAGGCAGAGGACCUUUGCUGA